GGGAACCAGUGCAGUAUAUAAAUCAAGAUGGCAGCCUCCAUGAAGUAUAUCCCACGUGAACAAGACGGACUUAUUCUAGCUAACUUCACCCACGGAAGGUUGAAUGUACCCGAGGAAGGUGGCUCUUCUGAGACUCCCAAUUUCAAAUGCUAUAAACACACAGACCAAGGAGACAAGAGAAGGAAACACCAGCGAAUAGUCGUUGCUGAGUCAAACUCCAUGAAUUAUGUUGGGCAAAAUUAUGGUAUACAUGCUCCAAAACACAGCUCAAAUUGCAAAUAUUUAGUUGGGGUUCUGGACAAGAAGCGUGGUAAGAUGAAAGUAUUUGAUGCGCAGUCGUUUCAUCUGCGGCCGUGGUUUGGAGAAAGCAAAGGAGACGAGGAAAGUGUUAAUGCAACAAACAAUGAAAAACUGUCGACGCUUCAAAAGAAUGACAGGUUAACGGAAGCUUUUGGGAGCUCACGCAAGCAGCGUGCGUUGGAGUCUCGGCUCCGCAGCGCCGUUACCUCCCAGGCCCUGGAGACACUGGCCAACAAGGCAGUCAAGCAUGCCCAGUCACAACCCGCGAGUGCAGUGAAACCUGAGGACGAGGCAGACAGUGGUAGCAUCCUUCCCCCACGCAAUAAAAAAGCACAGAUUCUGAACGAUGUCUACGACCUUAAUGACAUCAUUUCACCCGUGUGUAUGGAGAUGCUGAGAGAGGUCGCUGAUACCAGUGUUUUCCUGGAAGCUACAAAAGAACAGAUAACGGAGUGGAGAACAGAGGAAAAGUACUGUGACUACAUUUUGGGCCAUCUGGAGAAACUGCCAACAAAGGCAGAGGAUAAACAACAAAGAGUGUGCAUCUUAGUAUACAUGCACUACCUACGCAAGAUGUAUGCCAUUAAUCAGAAGGAUUUGAAGGCUAAAAAAGUGGUAGUUGCAGAGGACCUACCAGAUGCUUUCAACCAACACUUCUUAGAUAACUUCACUCAAAUGUCGGCUUCGGUCGAUGGGGUCAGAAAGCAGAGAUCUUUUCCCCAGAAACUCAAGGAGAAAGUGCUUGUUCGCAUGCUUACCCUGGCACUCCUUAUAGACGACUUCAAGACGGACUUGGGCCACCUUCAGAAAGGGCUCACCGCCCAAAUGUACUUGUUCAGGAAUCACGCGAGAGCUCUUGGCUGUAAGGUCAAAGUCACCAGCGCUAAGGUCCCCAAGGUGUCUAGGAAACUAGGCGUCCAUCCACUACUGGCGGCUCCAGAGGAACCCAAACCUCCAGCUGAAGAUCAGAUCACGGCUGAGCUGAUCCUACCCAGCAAAUUCACAAAGCAAAAGCAAAAGUUUAAGCGAUGAAGGGGAAGGUAAUGUUUUUUGGGUUUUUUUUGCUUCUUUUAACACCAAAUGUUAUUGCCUUGUUGUAGCUUAUUUGAGUAAACCAGGUGAAAAGGAUAAGGUGAACAUUUCAUGGAUCUGCUUAGCAGGGAUGUAGUCGAGUUCAUCACAAGUCCAU